AUGGAGGCGUUUGCUGUUUGGCCUCAGUCGCCAUGGGUUUCAAGGACUGCUCCCCUGCGGCCUGCACCGCCGACCUUGCGCGCUCGGCCGCCACAACAGGUUUGCCGAAGGGCAGGAGCCGGGGAUUUCUCGACGACCGAGAUUGUGUUAGCCGCGAGCUUUGGCCUGGCCUCUUGGGUGUUUACUGGCGGCAAUCCUGGCAGCUUACUGGGCCUCUCGGGUGGUCGGAGCUUGGCCAGGCCUGACAUGGCCGAGAAAGAGGUCCAGGCAGCAAGACAGAUGUUCCUCCGAGCCGCGGAGAACUACAGCGAUGCCAGGGAAAGCACCGGAGUGCUCCUGAAUCGCAUGGCGCCUGAGAUUGUGCAGUCGGCAAGGCAGCGAUUGGAGGGGGCUCUCAAAACCUUCCAAGACGCGCGACGGGAACUGCAGCUGGUCUCUGAGGAGCAGACCCGAGCCUACUUGGUGCCGGAGUAUCUCCGGACUGCGAAGGAGAAGGGCGCCUUCAUCAUAGCUGUUGUCGGAAACCAGAGUGUCGGAAAGUCCUCGUUCCUCCGUGCAUUCUUGGAUUUCGAGCAACCGACGGAUCCACCAACGACUACUGCGCCGGUUCCGUACGUCUACCCGACCCAGUCCGACUUGCCUUGUAUGUUCUGGGACCUUCCGCCCCUCGGUGCAGCCGGUUACCCUGCCGAGACCUACAUGAGACUUCUCGGAAUGCGGCAUUUCGGGUUGGUGGUCGUGAUGACCGACAGCAAGAUCUCCGAAGCAGAGCUUCUUCUGCUCGAUGAACUGAAGCACUGGAAGGUGCCUUACGUAGUCGUGCGAAACAAGCUCGACGUGGACAUUGAGCGAGAGUUCAUGGCCGAGCAGCUUGUUUGGGAUGCGCGUGGCCUCAAGGAUGGAUUAGAUGACAGCGUCCGUGCGGAGAUCCUCUGCGACACGAUGACAAGCGUCAAGGAAGACCUAUGUUGCCUUUACGAUGUGGAACGUGUCUACUGCAUAUCCACCAGGAGAGGCUACCGAAAAUUGUUUGACUACGCCGAAUUGGAUGCCGACUUGCGCAAAACCAUCCAGAUGCGUUGUGACGCGGAGAACGCCCCGAGCAAGCAGAUUGACAGUAAGCAGGCAGCUGCCGCGGUGUUGCCGCCUUGA